UAGCAGCGAAGGUCUUCAGCAGAGAGCAGAGAACGCCACAGGUCGGCAUGCCCAGCCUUCCCCUGCUCCUGUUGCUCUGGGGCAUGGGGCCUCAUGCCUUCCCGGCACCUGUUCAAACACAAGAUCAAGAUGCGGAGAUGGUCCUGGAAUACCUGAAAAAGUACUACAACUUGAAGAUUGGAACCAACAAAUCUGAAAGACAGAGAAACAGUGGUUUAGUGGUUGAAAAGCUGAAGGAAAUGCAGAAAUUCUUUGGGCUGAAGGUCACUGGGCGGCCAGACGCUGACACCCUGAAUGUGAUGAAGAAGGCCAGGUGUGGGGUGCCCGACGUGGGUCAGUAUGUCCUCACGGAGGGGAAGCCUCGAUGGGACCGCACAGAUCUGACCUACAGGAUUGAAAAUUACACACCAGAUCUGCCUAGAGCGGAGGUGGACGAUGCCGUUGACAAAGCCUUUCAACUCUGGAGUAACGUCACCACCCUGACCUUCACCAAGAUCUUUGAGGGUGAAGCAGACAUAAUGCUAUCCUUUGUCUGGGGAGAUCAUGGCGAUAACUCUAACUUUGGUGGACCCGAAAGCCCAAUUGCUCAUGCGUUCCCUCCAGGAAGAGGCCUUGGAGGAGAUGUUCAUUUUGAUGAAGAACAAACAUGGACCAGUGACUUCAGACGGUACAACUUAUAUUACGUUGCAGCCCAUGAAGUGGGCCACUCCCUUGGACUACCCCAUGUUAAUGACCGUGGCUCUCUGAUGUUCUCCAGCUACAACUACUAUGGGGAUGUUCUGCUGUCUCAGAAGGACAUCAGUGCCAUCCAGGCCAUCUAUGGACCCUCCAAAAAUCCCAUCCAACCAAAAGAACCACCAAUACCACGGCCCUGUGACAGCAAGUUAACAUUUGAUGCUGUGACCAAAAUUCGUGGAGAAUCAUUCUUCUUUAAAAAUGGGUUCUUCCUACGCGCAGGUGUUGUCUACAAAACUGGGGAUUUCGAUCUCAUUUCUGACCUCUGGGAAUCAGUGCUAAACAAAAUAGACGCUGCUUAUGAAAUCGCCAGCAGAGACAAAGUUUUAUUUUUUAAAGGUGAUAAAUACUGGACUUUUACGGGGUACCAGAUGCUGUACGGAUAUCCGCGAGACCUCUACAGCUCCUUGGGCUUCCCCAAAGAGGUGAAGAAAAUCGAUGCUGCCGUUCACGAGGACGAGACUGGGAAGACGUACUUCUUUGUUGCCAACAAGUAUUGGAGGUAUGAUGAAAACACACAGUCCAUGGAUGCAGGUUUUCCCAAAGAGAUAAAUCAGGACUUUCCUGGAGUUGGCAAACAAGUUGAUGCUGUCUUCCAAGAUGGAGGAUUUUUCUAUUUCUUUCAUGGAAGAAGGCAGUACAAAUUUGAUCCUAAAACCAAGCGAAUUUUGACUCUCCUGAAAACCAACAGCUGGAUCACCUGCAGAAGUAGAUGAUGAUCGACUAUCACAAAGGCGAAAAGAAAAAAUACCCCUGAUGAGCCCAGGGAAGGUGUUUUCCCAAGGACCCAGAUAUUUCAGUAUUUUAUUUUCAUCUCUUGGUGGUACUAAAGUGCACGGCUCUGAGUACAAUCCUCUUUAACCUUGAUCCAGGGACAGUCUGUGUUACCGAGAUUGAACUCCUUCACAAACUUCCACAACUUAGCUUUAAUUAAGUGAGUGCUGAGGGUCUCACAGAUGAAGUUCAUCCCUAGGUUUACAUAGAGAAAAGCUUUUUGUCAAUAUCCUAUGAUAUCUUAAGUAAUUUGGCUUCUCAUAAUGACAGGUUCUCAAAUACCAUGUCUCUAAGGUUUGGCAAGUUCACCAUGAAGUGUGUGGGAAGAUAGGAUGUACAGAAUUUCAAGCGCUUGCCCUUCUCAAGGCAUAGGCAUCACAUGAGGGGUUGGGGCCAGUUACUGACCCAUCGCUCAGGUUUUGAUUCCAAGCUAAGCCUUAAGUCAAAUAAUGGAAGAGAUUGGGGUGCCUGGCUGGCUCAGGACUCUUGAUCUCGGGGUUGUGGGUAUAAGCCCCAUGUUGGGCAUACAGCUUACCUAAAAUACAUGUAUAAAGAAAACAAAAAAUAAAAAUGAGCAUCUUUUUAAAAACUAAUAAUAGUGGAAGGGAUUUCCUGAGCUUCGGCUGGGGGUCCUGGAGGGAGCCCUGAAUUUGGUAGGUUUGUGUAUAUUCCCUCAGCCCUAUUGAGACUUAUCUCCAAUUUCUUGGGGAGAAAGCCCACAGCCUGAAGCUAACACAUACCCUUAAAUUUACUGCAGACACAUGAGUGGGCUGCUUCGACUUCUCCGCUAUCAUCCUAGCUAUCUUCAUAAAGUUAGGAACUUGUCCCUGAACAUUAACCUGAUGGUUUUUGUCCUCCAGGGAGCCUUCUGUGCAGAGCACUCUGGGUGGGUCACAGUAGGCAGAUACAUUUUUGCAGAGGCUAGCAGUUGCUGCUGAAAAACAAUCAAUACUAUGCAAAUCGUCUCUUCUGCUCAUGCAACUUAUUUCUCAUAGGUUUUCUGAUGUUGCUCUGUGGUCAAGGUACCUCAAUUUUAUAGUGAAUUUUUUGUAUAAUGUUGAGUUUUUUUCUGUUUACCAAGAUAAUAAAUGCAUGUUCAGUAAUUCUGGGCAAGACACCAA